UUAAUGUCAUCCACUUCCUUCUCAAAGCGGAGCCUGGGAGCUUAUAGCUGCAACACGCACACAAACUCACACUCCUCUCCACCUUGCACGGAGCAGCGGGAUGUCGAGGCGCCCGAGACACAGUGUUUACAGCAGCGAUGAAGAUGAGGAAGAUGUGGAGAUUUUUGAUCACGAUUAUGAUGCCCCAUUAGCCAAAACAGGAAAACGGCACCUUGGCAAAACACGCUGGACGCGUGAAGAGGAUGAGAAGCUGAAGCGUCUGGUGGAACACCAUGGUUCAGAAGACUGGAAAGUCAUUGCCAGCUUCCUGCCUAACCGUACAGAUGUUCAGUGUCAGCACCGCUGGCAGAAAGUCCUCAACCCUGAGCUGAUUAAAGGACCCUGGACCAAAGAGGAGGACCAGAGGGUCAUUGAGCUGGUGCAGAAAUAUGGCCCCAAGCGAUGGUCAGUGAUAGCGAAGCACUUAAAGGGCCGUAUAGGGAAGCAGUGUCGCGAGCGCUGGCACAACCACCUGAACCCAGAAGUAAAGAAGACGUCCUGGACAGAGGAGGAAGACCGCAUCAUCUACCAGGCCCACGAGAAGCUCGGCAACCGCUGGGCGGAAAUCGCCAAAUUGCUGCCGGGCAGAACUGAUAAUGCCAUAAAGAACCACUGGAACUCUACCAUGCGGCGUAAAGUGGAACAGGAGGGCUAUUUGCAGCACACUGCUAAAGUGAGCCCAACUCCAAUAACCAGCAGCUACACAAAACCCCCCCACCUGCUCAACUACAGCCACACUCCAACCAGCAGCUCCAUGGCAACCAGCCCCAUCACUAACCAGUACCCCUACUACAUAUCUGACCCACAAAGGGUACCGUUUCCAUUGGCUCUUCAGCUGAACAUUUUUAACAUCCCUCAGCAUGGCACUGCAGCUAUACAGAAACACUAUAAUGAAGAAGAUCCAGAGAAAGAGAAGAGGGUGAAAGAGAUUGAGAUGCUUCUGAUGUCAACAGAGAACGAACUGAAGGGACAACAAGCACUACCCAUCUCCAUGGCCAGUUACGGGUGGGGUCGGGGCUCUUUGACUGACACCUCCAUGGGUGUGGCUGUGUCAGUGCCAGCUCCUCCCCUGGAGCAGGGCUGUCUUCCUGAGGAGAGUGCUCAUGGCAACACACACAGCCCAAACAGCAGCAGCUUGAGCACCUUACCGGAGUUCAUGGAUGCCAUUGACUCAGUAAGAAGGAUACACCAUACUUCAUAUAUUAGAGGUGGUGAGGGCUGUACGUCACCGGCCCACAGUGAGGACAGCGGCUUCUUGUCAUUUGUUUGCUCCACACCCAAACGUUCUAUCAUGAACAACUUGCCUUUUUCUCCCUCUCAGUUCUUAAAUGCUUCAGUGAGCCCAGAUUCGGAUAACCAGAGUCUACCUGUCUCUCCCUCAUCGGUGUGCUCCCAGAAACCUCUGCAGCAUGACCUCACUCUCCGCCCCCAGAAAGAGAAUGACAUGUUCAGGACACCAACUCUGAGGCGCUCCAUCAUGGAGUGUUCUCCUCGCACUCCUACCCCAUUCAAAACAGCACUGACCAUACAGGACACGAAAUAUGGACCACUGAAGAGGUCCCAUAGUCCUACUGUGGAGGCAGUAGUUGGUGGCAUUAAGCAAGAGCCUCAGGAGUGUGAAGUGAGUGUUGGGGGAGUGCACCUUGAUCAGGCUCCCCUAAAGAAGAUCAAACAAGAGGCGGAACCAACAUGCCUUCAGUGGGAGGGGCAAAAUCUCCAUACCCAGCUAUUCCCUUCAAGUGGCCCUGCCCACGAUAUGCCUGAUCUGUUGACAAGCUCUGUGCUGAUGCUACCUGGGGCAGAGAAGAGUGAGGAUGGUCAUAAAGCUCCACAGAUGCCCCGCAGAACCCUGGGCAGCCCACUGCAGCACUUGAGCACAUGGGAGCAGGUGCUUUGUGGGAAAUCUGAGGAGCAGCUCCUGCCUUCUGAGCCGACGCACAAAUACCUCAACAGCUUUUCCUCCCGCACACUCGUCAUGUAGAGGACAGCAGGAGAGAGAGGGAGAGCGAGAGAGAGAGAAGACAAUCAUCCUGAAAAGAAAAGUAAAGAGAAAACACUCUGUGGCCACUCCUUAGGUGGGGUCAGGUCACUGUGGUACACAAUUUGGGAGAGGCAUAAAGCCAUUCAUUUGACUGCACGGCCAUCAAUUAAGCUGUGCACUUACCCGUUGGAUUUUCAGCCAACCAAAGAAAUACUUAAUAUUGGGUUUUUUCUACUUUUUUGACCUUUUUAAUGAUAUUAUAUUAUAUAUUUUGUAUUAUAAAUGGGGAAAUUAACUGUCUAUGAGGGCUGUAAUUGUAUGGAUUUUAAUAUAAAGAACAAUUUGUAAUAAUUUAUUAUUUUGUAUUAAAAAUAAUUAACGAUGGGCGCAUUUGCCAGUGUUGGACCCCAGUAUUCGUGCCCCCUGCUCAUGUCUAGAUUACUGAUUGUGUGUUAAUAGUAAGGAGUGUGCAUCCUGCAAGCAUUAUCAUGAUUUGACACCCUGUAGCCCAACAGUGCUGCCUCAGAGAACACAGAACCAUGUUUAAGCUGGCAGUGUACUUCAAACGAAAGUAACAUUUUAAGUCUCAAAUGUGAAAUCAGCAUUAUAAUGAUGAUGAUAUGAUGACAGAUAAUUCAUUUACAUUCUCCGACAACCAUCCUUCACCUAGUUUUGACUGAGUUCUCAUUAAAUACUCUUUUUAAGCACUCGCAAACAUCAGAUUCAUCCCCUCAGGCACGGGGUCCAAAGCAUAACCAACAUCACAACAUUUUCCUCCACACAUCGCAUGCAAUUACACAUUUCCAUUUCAUAGUGUAGCUUUAAGUAUGUUGUAUGUUCCUCGUUUGAAGUAUGCUGCCAGCUUUAGAAUGCGCUACACAAGGCUUUUAUUAUGCCUAUGUAUUCCUGACCAAACCAAGCACAUACAAGUGCCUCCUAGUUCACAUUGCCAAGUUUAGAAAUAAACCUGAACGGUCACAUGGUGCAGCAAACUCACAGACACCCAGCAUUUCAUUUAGUGUUACCAUUUCAAAGCAGUAAAGCAGUCAAAGCCCAGGACCGAACCUGCCUCCUAUUAGCACUGUGUCAAACCUGACAACAAAGCUACGAGAUUUUAGCUGAACAAAAUAAAAGUGUUGGUUUAAGAUUUGUUGCCAAGCUAGCAAAGAAAAGCGAAGUUUACCAAGCAUGUUUUCAAAUCAAAGGCCUAAGUGACAAAAAAAGGAGCUUUUGAUCUGAUGAGACAUUUCUUAAUGCCUAAUUUCAUAACACUGUUUUGUUUUUGUUUUCGUUUGUUUUUGUUGUUUGUUUUAUAAUCAAGAGUGUCAAUGGUAUUACUAGUUCUAAAAACACUGAAAUUACUGCUUUUAUAACUAGUCACCUUGUUUUUGAUAUUACAAUGUACUUUUGAUACCAAGACUGUUGUGGCCAAUCAAAAACAUUUUAGCAGUAACGUUUUGGUUAUUUGCUGCCUCUUUUUUGUAUUAGCUUAAAGUACAAACACUUUUUUAUACACGUCAAACUUUUCUACACAAUUUUGAUACGAUUUUUUUAAACUGCCAUGUGAAUAAAGUGUGUUUUUUGAGA